AUGGCCCUACUGCGACAACCCGCAUUGCGCCUGGCAAGGGCAGGCUCGCAAUCUGCUCGGGCCAUGAUGGCCAGACCCUGUAGCAGCGAGCCCCCGCGAUCUCAAGCAACCCCCGCGUCUCCCGGAGAGAUCAAGAGCCCAAGCAUGGUGGUGCUCGUGGGUGCGUUGGGUGUCGGUAUCGGGGUAUGCUUCUUCUUCCUCACGAGUCGGCCGGACAAGGCGGCCGAGGUUGCGUCCAAGAAUCUGGACAGCACGAGCGGGCCUAAGCUAUCAAAGUAG